CAUGACUGUAGUGCAUUAGAGAGACUGUUCACACACGAAUAUGAAAGGACUGCAUCCUCGCAUCGUCGCACUGUCCUCGCAUUGCAUAGACACAGGAAAACCUCCUUGAGAGGCAGGCAGACAAGCGAACAGGCAGAUCUUGCUUAUGUGAGCAAAUGGGAUAGAUAUACACGUAGUCACAGCAGCACAUGCACAAGCAGCCUGACGGCUGUCUGCCUUACUGCACUGUACUGUACUCUACUACCACCCCAGUGCAACCCGAAUCAGGGGCAAGGGAUGGAACCAUCUGUCAAACCGGCUCUCUCCCCUAGUAGGCAAUACAUAAUAAGUGCACAAAUGAAUGCGAACCCACAGACACAUCACACAAACACACACAUACGAAACACAUGACAGGCAGGCGGCCCUGUCGGCUGCCCAACUGCCUGUGUCUCCGCUCACCAUGACCGCUGUGCACGAUCGUAAAAGAAAUGGCCGUUCAGGUCAGACGAUCCAGGGGGCAAGGUGGCUAGGUAGAUGCCCGUAUCAGCCUGACAUGACGCAGGCAUUAUACAAACAACACAUCGAUGCAGAAACUGGAUGCCUUGGCCAUUCUCGUUCCUCGACUGACCCCCUGUGCGGCUGUCCGCGGCGCCCGAUCCCAUCCCGCCAUGUCGGUCUUGCACCAACCUGAGAGAGAAAAGCGACGCGGCAAACAGAUUGGAUGCUGCCAGUCUCCAUCCGCUUCGCUCACCGGGGCAGUAGCAGUUGACGAGCACGCCAGGGUUGCUGUUCAGCCUGCCGAUGUCCCUGGCAGUUAUGCGUGUGAGCAUCGCAACACCGAUCUUCGACACACCAUAGGUAGUCGACGGCCAGCCUCUCGACUGGUGCUGCCCGCUCUGGGCAUCACUGCACAGCCCAAGCAGACGCGCACAAUUAAUGAUAUUUCGUUUUCUCGCCUAAUUCGUUCUGUGGCAGCGAUUUUGUAAGUACUCGAUGAACUGCUUCAUGAGUCCGGAGAGCUGCUUCUCAGUCAGGUCAUCAGCCAUGAAUCUGUCACGCAAGGCUGCACACAUCAAGCACGCCGCACCGUGAGUGACACAAUGAAUGUUGACUCCUCAUCUCUUUAGUACCUACCUUGGCUCUUGAGCGAGGAAAUGAGCCCCGCCUGGCUCGCGACAUUGACAAUGCGGCCGUUGGCACGGAUCAGCGGAAGCAGCGCGUUGCUGAUCGCAAGCGUGCCUGAGUGGGUGGACAAACCGCACAAUGAUCUGCUUAACUGUGUUCUGUGUCAGUUACCGAAGUAGUUGAUUUUGAGAGUCUCCUUCGCUUGUAAACUGAAUGGCUCAGUGGCAGCCAUUUUGAAGGCAAAGCCUGCAUGCUCAUUCGAUGGAACCACAAACAUACACACACACACACACGUUUGUUGACAGGCGGCACACUGGCCACUGGGCGUGGCUUGGUGCAAUCUUCACCUGCGUUGUUGACCAGGAUGUCUGUGAUCACAGACAGUCACAUAUGACAAUGCAUGCAACGGAUUCGUUCUUGAGCAGCCAGCCAUGUGUCAGCUGCAGUUCACUCACCGAGGCCGCCAUACUGGCUCUCAAUGUGACUCCUGCAAUUCAAUCAGCCAUGCACUGCAGCGUGCAUCCAUCGAUUGUAUAUGUGUGGUGUUGGUCACCUCAGUGUUUGAAUGCUCUGCGCAUCGGUAAUAUCCUGCAGGACCAACAGAGGGAAUACGGGUGGUGCACAAUCACCGCACAAUCACGUGCUCGUGCCUGUGAUGCGUACCAGCUGAUGGAAUGACACCUGCCCUCCCUCCUGCUUCAGCCGGUCUGCUGCGUCCUGCCCGAGAGCCGCCUUGCGUGCUGUGAGGAUGACAUGGAUGCCAGGCGUCAGGCUGAGCCCUCGAGCAAUCUCAUAGCCGAUGCUGAUUGAUGCAUGGACACACAGGGACAGCCAUGCAUUGGCGACUCUCCGUGUGUCUUGCCUGUCCUCACCCUUUGUUUGCUCCGGUCACGACAGCGAUUCGCGGACUCAUCUGCAGCACACAGAAUAGGGGAUGUGCUGUGCACACGUGGCGCAGAUCUCAUCUCCACCUGCUCACCUCCUUGUCAGACAGACCAGCAGACAGGGCGGACAGUCGAAGGGCGAAAGCGAAUGAGAUAGAGGCGAGGACGAGGACAAAGACAAAGACCAAAUGCAUUCGCCC